GCACCUUACCAUCAAAGACAAUGGCCAGCAAUGUUACCAACAAGACGGAUCCUCGCUCCAUGAACUCCCGUGUAUUCAUUGGGAAUCUCAAUACUCUUGUGGUCAAGAAAUCUGAUGUGGAGGCAAUCUUCUCGAAAUAUGGCAAAAUCGUGGGUUGCUCUGUUCAUAAGGGUUUUGCCUUCGUUCAGUAUGUUAAUGAGAGAAAUGCCCGGGCUGCUGUGGCAGGAGAGGAUGGCAGAAUGAUUGCUGGCCAGGUUUUAGAUAUUAAUCUGGCCGCAGAGCCAAAAGUGAACCGAGGAAAAGCAGGUGUGAAACGAUCUGCAGCGGAGAUGUACGGCUCCUCUUUUGACUUGGACUAUGACUUUCAACGGGAUUAUUAUGACAGGAUGUACAGUUACCCAGCACGUGUUCCUCCUCCUCCUCCUAUUGCUCGGGCUGUAGUGCCCUCAAAACGCCAGCGUGUAUCAGGAAACACCUCACGAAGGGGCAAAAGUGGCUUCAAUUCUAAGAGUGGACAGCGGGGAUCUUCUAAGUCUGGAAAGUUGAAAGGAGAUGACCUUCAGGCCAUUAAGAAGGAGUUGACUCAGAUAAAACAAAAAGUGGAUUCUCUACUGGAAAACCUGGAAAAAAUCGAAAAGGAACAGAGCAAACAAGGAGAGAUGAAGAAUGAUAAGUCAGAAGAGGAGCAGAGCAGCAGCUCCCUGAAGAAAGAGGAGACUAAUGUGAAGAUGGAGUCUGAGGGGGGUGCAGAUGACUCUGCUGAGGAGGGGGACCUACUGGAUGAUGAUGAUAAUGAAGGGGGGGAUGACCAGCUGGAGUUGAUCAAGGAUGAUGAAAAAGAGGCUGAGGAAGGAGAGGAUGACAGAGACAGCGUCAAUGGCGAGGAUGACUCUUAAGCACAUAGUGGGGUUUAGAAAUCUUGUCCCAUUAUUUCUUUACCUAGGCGCUUGUCUAAGAUCAAAAUUUUCACCAGAUCCUCUCCCCUAGUAUCUUCAGCACAUGCUCACUGUUGUCCCCAUCCUUGUCCUUCCCAUGUUCAUUAAUUCACAUUGCCCUGUGCCUAGUCCCAUUUUCACUUCCUUUGAUGCUCCUAGUAGUUCUGUUAAGUCUUACCCUGUAACUUUUGCUUUUAAUUUUGAUACCUCUUUAUGACUUAACAAUAAAAAGGAUGUAUGGUUUUUAUCAACUGUCUCCAAAAUAAUCUCUUGUUAUGCAGGGAGUACAGUUCUUUCCAUUCAUACAUGAGUUCAGUAGUUGCUUCCCUAACUACAAAGGCAGUCUCAUUAGUUGAGUAGUACCUAAGAGCAGCUUUGAAUUAGAGGUAUGCGUGUUAUACCCCACAUAAGAGUGCUGUGUGGGGCUGUUCAACACAAAUGUAACAAUGUAUUUUUGUGAAUGAGAGUUGGCAUGUCAAAUGGAUUCUCUAGAAAAAUAAUUAGUGUAAUAGUCUUUAAGAUUUGUUUUCUAAAGUUGAUACUGUGGGUUAUUUUUGUGAAUAGCCUGAUGUUUGGGACCUUUUUUUCUCAAAAUAAACAAGUCCUUAUUAAACCAGGAAUUUGGAGAAGAAAAAAA